AUGGCUGCUAUCUAUAACGAUGUUCUUGGUCGUAGACAUACCCUUUUGGCUGGUUGCGUUAUUACCUGCAUUGGUAAUGCUUUGCUCAUUGCAUCUCCCAACGUUCCAGCUCUGCUUAUCGGUCGUAUUCUUAUGGGUGUUUCUGCUGCUUUCCUUAAUAACGGUGUCGCCAUGUACUGUUCUGAGGUUGCUGAGCCCAACACUCGUGGUACCGCCAACAACGUUCAAUUCUUGUUCGGUCAAGCCAUCACAAUCGCCGCUUCCGGCAUUAACUUGGCUAUUUCCGGCCUUCCCAUCACUGCUAACUGGGGUUGGCGUCUUGCUUGCUCCGUUAUCUUCGUUCCCAUGGUCACUAUGGGUGUCAGCAUUUGGAUUGUAUGCCCUGAAUCUCCUAGAUGGCUUAUCAUGAAGGGUAGAUAUGACGAGGCUCUGGAAGUCUUGCUCAAGAUCCGAUCCGAUGGUAUCAAGACUGAGAAGGUUAUGCUCGAGUACAACGAAAUGAAGGCUGCCGUGGUUUAUGAGCAGGAACACAACGAAACCAGCUACUGGCACUUUGUCAAGAACAAGGCUGCUAUCAAGCGUACUUUGAUUGCCAUGUCUUCCAGUUUGUGGUGGAUUUUCAACGGAAAUGCUAUUUUCACUUACUACUUCAGAACCGUCUACCUUGGCGCUGGUAUUACCGAUACCCAUACCCAAUACCUUCUCACCCUUAUGAACAGUUUGCUCGGUUUCGUCGCUACUUGCAUUGGUGCUUAUGGUAUCGAUAAGUGGGGUCGUCGUAUGGCUGGUAUCACUGCCACUGGUGUCGCCGCUAUUUCUCUCUUCAUUAUGUGCGCUAUUUCAGUCCGCUUCUUGGAUGGUCAAGAAAUGCCUAGCCGCGCUGCUGGUAUUGCUUUCAUUUUCAUGUAUAACUUUGAAACCACCAUCUGGCAAGCUACCUGGAACACCAUUGGUAUGCUUUACGGUGCUGAGAUUUGGGCCCCAUCACUUCGUGCAAAGGGUUUCUCUCUCGGUUGUUUCACUGGUAUGGCUGCUGGUUUCGUCUCCACUUACACUGCUGUUCCUACCUAUAACCAUCUUCAUGGUUAUACCUGGCUUCUUUAUGGUGGUUUCUGUGCUCUUGCUUGCUUCCAAGUCUGGGCUACUUGGCCCGAGACGCUUGGUAAGAACUUGGAAGAAAUUGAGUUGUACUUCGACACUGGUGCUGCUAAGCAAGUUCGCAAUGUCAUGGACCACAAGGAAGAAAAUGGCGCUGACGACAAGCUUAGCGUUACUGAUAACGAGAAGGAGGGCAUUGAGAUUCGCUCCGAUUAA